UUAUGCUGCCUGUAUAUUCAGAUAGACCUUCUUUGCAUGGCCACUGUACUCACCGCACGGAUCAAUCUGUUGUUCACAAGGCCUGAACAGGUUCAUUUCAGACUCCUCGAUCUGUGUGAGCCUGCCGCUCCCGAAGGCUGAAGCCCUCCGGCCGGGUCAUUGUUGAUCCCCCCGCUGCCCACCAUCUCGGCUGAUAGUGCUCGUUGGGUCGAUGCUGCAGAGGGAAGUCUUGCUCAACCGCAGCCCACACAGGCCAUGGGCCGACGGCAAAGUGGUUGGUCGCAGAAGAAGCAAGGUGACCGGCACAAAGCGCAGUCCGAGUGGCCGCACGAUGCUCCUCCCCUCGCUUCAAGUACGAAACACUUGACGACGCUUCGAUACCCCCUCCCCUUUCUUCGCAAGUAUGCCACUCUCUGUCAGAACGACACGAGCGGCAGCACAGGGUCGUCGCUCUGGCUCUCGGCGCAGGUGAUGGCUUGCUACAUGCAGGCGACUGCGGACACAUACUUUGCGAGCGUACCAAAGGCGCGACUGGCAAGCGGACAGCCUCGUCCGAAGGCGCUCGAGCUUGGAGCAGGUGUGGGCCUCAAUUCGGUCCUGCUCGCUGCUUUCGGGUGGGAUGCUUUCGCCACGGACAUUGAGCCUAGUUUUAGCCAGGUACUCAACCCGACAAUUGAGAGUAACCGCUCGCUGUUCGAGGGCGAAGGAGACACGGGCACGGUGAACGCCCUGCCGCUUGACUGGUGCGCUUCUGACGAUGUCAUAAGCAGCUUGGUCGGUCGCGGGAAUCAUGGGAAGGAGACUGUGCAGCCGAUCGAUUUCAUUUUGACAACGGAUACGCUCUACGCUGGAGACCUGGUUCACCCGCUGUUGCACACCAUCAAGCGACUCGUCACGCCAGGGCACACGCGCGUCUUGCUGGCGCUCGAGAGGCGCGAUCCGGUGUUCGUUGAGCGAGCCUUCGACUGCGCUCGAAGUAUCUUUGGCUUCAGCUUGCACGCUGUUUCUCAGUGUGAACUACGCCAAGCCACCGAGCAGUUCGGCAACGCACAGUGGGACUGGGAGGAGCUGGAAGAUAUUGAGGUUUGGCAACUGUCCAUCGAUCAGCAAUAAUAACAAUGGAAGCCGGACUUUAUACCAUGGGAACCAACGACUCUCUCGAGAUUGUGAUGAAAUUAUAUGAAACACUCCCGAGCCGCUUACAGCCGAUGAGAGCCGCGCGGCCGCCCAGAGUGCAUCGACAUGAAUGCAGGACAAAUACAGAAAGGGACAGUGAUGUAGCGAAUGAUGAUGCUGCGGUCGGUGGUGACUGGUGAUACCCUCAGAAUCUUCUAUGACUGUACAUAGAGCGCUGCCUCUUGCUUAGACGCCAAAGAGGCUGCGCAGCGCGGAGAAUUUGCCAGUAGCCGUGCCCAAGCCGGUGACAGGGUCUGUGCACACG